UUUUUUUACGGUUGUUAACGAAUGAGUUUUCAAAAAGAAUGUCCCUUUCGAAGAAACGAUCAAGCUUGUUGAGUUUUUUUACGGUUGUUAAUGAAUGAGUUUUCAAAAUGAAUGUCCUCUCCUGUUUGCAUAGCUGCGUGGUUAGACAUACAGAGUGAGAAAAUUUAUUUAACCAGCAGCAUUAUGUGUACAGUACGUUGCAAAUUUGCACGAUAUUUGGAAAAGCCUGCACGCAUGAUAAAUUCAUUCAAUUUUUAUUCAAAGGCAUUUCAAAGGUAAAAGUUAGUUUAUCUACUUGAAAUUCUACAUUGGAUAAACGUAAUGCGUGUGUAGCGUGAUCUUUCACAUUCGGCCAUUUUCUACGUAUCAAUACUGCACGUGAUUUAUUUGCGACAUGACCAAUUAGUGACGUCACAAAGUUUAAUUUGACCAGCGCGAUAUAUUUUCUCGUAAUAAACAAUUGUUGUGUCAUUGAAGAAAAGGAGAAGUAUUUUGGAGCAGGUUUUUCGAAAAAGAAGAGGAGAUCCGGUAUGUCUAACUCACAAGAAAGGGUUAAGACCGCGGCGACGGAUAUCAAUAAGCAGUCAGCUCAGGAAAUUGAAAAAUCUACUGCUGGUAGCAGGCCUCCAAUGAUGAGCAAGAAUCGCCUUGAGGAUCAGAUAAACCACGAGGACCUGGAGUUACUGGAAUCCAUUUUCAGGGAGGCAGACGAGAAUGGUGGUGGCGGAUUAAAUUUGGGCGAGUUCCGGGAAGCGUUGGGGCGAAUUAUUGCGAAUAAGGGCGGUUUAUUACCGGCAGAAGAAGAAUUGGCCAUUAUAUUCAUGAAGGUGGACGCAAACUGCGACGGCACAGUUGACUGGGAAGAAUUUUGUUCUUACUUGUUGAUGGAAAAUCAAUUGAAGGAUGUAAUGGUCAGCGAGCUGAACGGAGAUGCACCUUUCCCGAAUCCCGUCCGCGAGUUGACGAGUGCACAUCGUGACACGCUCGUGCGAAUCUCGUACUUUCCAAAAAUAUCAUACGGACCCGAGGACUUUGCUGAUGGGGCAACGGGAAGAUACGUGGUUGUAAGUCGUGAUGGAGUUAUGACGUUCUGGAACAUGGAUCUUAAUCUUCAACGGACCAUCAUGUUGAACGAAGGACAUCACAACACUGGCAAAGCAACUAGGUCUGUAUGGGUGACUGAUUGUGUAGUGUUGGCGAACGUUAAGAAGAUCGCCGUGUCAAGUACGGAACGUGAUAUUGCCUUCUAUGAUUGUGCUGCCAAUAAUUUCGAGAAGCAUUUUGUUGUCUGUGGUUUCCAACAUUCCGUCUUGUGUAUGGAUUACUGGUACAAUCCUCGUAAACUGAGCGAAAGUGCAUUGUAUUUUGGUGACAUGAAUGGACAAGUUUUUGUCUUGAUUUUUUCGUCUGCCACAACCGGUCUAUUUGACAUCCACGUGGCAAAGAAUCAAGGUAAACCAAUGGCUUCGUAUUGUCGAAUUAUGUUUAAGGAGUUGAUGAAAGGCUUGCACCCCAACGUGCGGGCAAUGCAGUUCUCCGUUCACGAUGAUUGGGUGAAGAAAAUAAAAUAUUGUCCAAGUCUGCAGUGCUUUAUAUCCUGCGCGACUACCUGUGAGAAAUCAUUGUAUAUUGGUGACGCCAUGAGAAAGCGGGUCAGUUCUUAUAUCAAUGUUCGAAAGGGCGUCUUAAGCUUCGAUUACUGCAGUACGUGGAAUGUCAUUAUAACAGGAGGGAUUGAUCACUACGUACGCCUGUGGAAUCCUUAUUUGACCACGAAACCCACGUCUACCCUCAAAGGUCACUGCUCUGCAGUCAUUCACAUUGAGGUGAAUGCAACUAAUGGCCAAUUCAUUAGCGUCUCGCAAGACAAGGUGCUCAAAGUUUGGGAUAUUAGAGAUGUUUGCUGUAUUCAAACGAUUCCUAGCCGACUUCUUAGGCUGGGCCCUGUUGUCAUCUCUAGUGUAUACUUUAAUCAAAAGAAUCACACGUUGUUGCUUGGAACAAACGUCCUUUUUGCAUUGGAAAGGAAAGGUUGUGAAAAAAGAUCAGAUGAUAUGGAAAAAACCAGUCAUACGAAGCCUAUAUGUAAAGCCCUGUACAACAGUCUUUUCAAUCAAGUUGUGAGUGCUUGCCAUGCGUCGCUUGUGAUCGUGUGGAGUCUGGAAACCGGCGAAAAAGUUAUCCAAUUUGCAAACGCGCAUCCUCAUUCGGAGAUUACGGCAAUGUGCUUUGACCAGAGUCAGCGCAGGCUUAUUACCGGUGCCCGCAAUGGGACCGUGAAAAUAUGGAAUUUCAAUAAUGGCAACUGCUUACGGACUUUAGUGCCUGUGGAUGAGGAGGAGAUAACAGGGAUCGUGUGCACCAAAAAGAGGAUUAUCACUGUUGGAUGGUCCAAGAAGGUUGCUAUAUAUAAGGAUAGUAGGGAUGAACAGGAAGAAUGCGCGCCACGGAUCUGGGACAACUUCCAUAAAGAUGACAUUCUAGCUAUCGAUCUUUACGGCACGGGAACCUUGGCCACGGCUAGUUAUGAUGGCGACAUUAAAGUUUGGAGCCUGGAGACUUUUCAAGUGACAUGUGUUCUCAAUGCUAAUAACUAUGAUGACUAUACACAGAAAAAAAGACCGUCCCUAAUACCCAAGGAUCUUAAAAAAUUUCUAGCGUCUUUAUCAGGCUUCACUACACCUGAUGUCCAAACUCGAGUCCUUAUUUAUGGAUAUAUCAUGGUGAAUAACGUUAUUUUCACUGACCUAAAGAAACAGGAAGCUAUAGAAAAAGAGGAAGAUAAAUUGGACUUGGAGAAUCAAUCCGUUUUGAAAUUAAUUCGAAACAGACGUUUGACGCAACGUCGUUUGUCUAGUAUCACUAGGCGUCGGCAAAGCAUGGCAAGGCGCAAGAGUAUCGAUCCUCUGUCCAUUAAGGUUGAUGUGAAAGAAACAGAUCAUGAUUCCGGUGUUGACAGCAUAUUGUUCCUACAGCAUCGCCACCAUGCUACCGAUACGGCCACUUUGUUGAGCACCGGAUCAGGGGGGGUUAUAAGAGCAUGGUGUAUGUUCGGUGGAGGCUUGGCUGGCGAAUUUAUGGCCUCGAACAACCACCGUGAAUCUAUCCUUUGUAUGACGAGUGAUGAAAAAAACGAGUUUCUAAUCACUGGAGACAGUCAAGGCUACAUCAAGAUUUGGAAUAUAAAGAAUUAUUGCAUAGCAGAGCAAAACAAAAGCGAUAAAGGUUUUGUAGAUGUCACUGAACAUCUUAGCAAGGCUCGUAGACAGGCCCUACCCGAAAGUCUGCGAAAGCGUAAAAUAAACCGAAUCGCUCCGCCUUUGGUGUUUUAUCUCCGCGCUCAUCUCCAACAAAUCGUGAGUAUAGAUUACGUUCCGAAGUAUAACUUGCUCAUUACGGCGUCUACCGAUUGCUCCCUUCGGUUGUGGAAAAAUAAUGGUCUGUAUAUUGGUACUUUUGGUCAGCGGAACAUUUGGAACUUGAGCAAUGCCGGUGAAGGUGACAUUCCCUCUGAUUUAAGGCGGGCUGCGUCGGUCAAUUCAAUGAGUUUAAUGCGAAAGACGUCGCGCAAGCGUUGGAGUGUUGCCAAGAGUUUCAUUAAAGCUGCCGGCCGCCUCUCGUUGGGACUCAAUAGGCUGAUUGUGAAUGAGAAUCCUAUACAUGAGUCAAGUACUGCCAAAAGCAUUGUACUCAAUGAAUCAGAGUGUAGGAUUGACAUGGACAAUAUAUUAGGAAAAUUUUACCGACCGAAAUAUCGUCAUCAUAAGCCACCGUGUCUACCCAAGUUGAAAAUGAACAAAAAUCAGGUUAUGGUGUACAACUCAUUGAAGUGUAACGAGUUGGCACCGAUAGUGGAACCCAAGCCUCCCGUCAUGACGUUAGUCAUGCCAUCAAACCCUAAGCCUAGUCCCAGGAUUACGUCUGGGAUAUCGGAGAAAGAGGUUCAUGAUAAUAAUAGGUCGCGUCGUGUAUCGCUGUCAAUUCCUCGUGAUGGAACUCGAGCUAAUUUCGCAGCUCCUAUGGGACGCGGAAAAUCAAAGUUUCAGAAACUACCUGAUUUUGCGAAACAAAGAACAUUAGACUUAUAAAUAUAUAUAUGUUGUUUUAAUUAUUCAUUAAUUAUAUUCAUAUAAAUACGUGUGC